AUGCAUGCGGAUUCCAAGAACAGGGGUACUCGUGAUGAUGACUUGAACGUUUCCUUCGACGAAUAUGACAUGGUGGAUGCUCCCACUUCGGAAAGCAUUUCAUUUGAUGAUCCGGAGAUUUCGAAAUCAGAGGGAAAAGAGUUCAGCAUGUCGACUGAGCAGUUCGUCAAGGUCUUCAUCAUGGCCCAUUCGUUGAAAACAGCCGUUCGCACCAUUGGAGUUGCAGGAGGGGUUGCGGCAGCAGGAGCAGGUAUGUUAUCCUUGGCGGGCUUUGGUAUGGCAGGAAUUGCAGCCAGUUCCAUGGCAGCUGCUUGGCAAUCAUCCAUUGGCAAUGUUGCCGCGGGAUCAAUCUUUGCUGCCUUACAAUCCGCAGGAGCUACGGGCGCGAUUGCCAGUGUGUUUGGUUUUGGUGCUACUGCGGCCACCGGAGUAGUCGCUUUCUUUGGCCUCCAUCAUGUCUUUGGAAGAAGAGGGGGUUGA